GAACAGCAGCGCGAGCCUGCCUGAGCCAAUCAGCGGCUACAAAAUCGCGUCGCUCGCGCGGCUCGCGAGAGCCGCCUUGAACUUUGACCUCGCCCCAAGCGCGAGCUGUGGCCGUCUCGGGUUCUGUUCCUUUCCCCUCCUCCCGCCUGAGCGAGGCCGCUCUCUCCCCCCAGUGUCACCAAGUGGCGAUGAGCCUGCCCCCCCCGCGGCGCCCUCACUGAUCCCCCUCCCUUCUCGCUCCGCGCCGCCCCCGGGGACACAGCCGCCGCCCCCAGCCAGCGCCGUCCCCCAGCAGCGGGCGAGGUGGAGCCGGCGAGGCCCAGACGACGCCCCCCACCGGGACCAUCAACAUGGCGAGCGCCUCCUACCACAUCUCCAACCUGCUGGAGAAAAUGACAUCCAGCGACAAGGACUUCAGGUUUAUGGCUACAAAUGACUUGAUGACUGAACUACAGAAGGAUUCCAUCAAGUUGGAUGAUGACAGUGAAAGGAAGGUUGUGAAGAUGAUUCUGAAGUUACUGGAAGAUAAGAAUGGCGAGGUGCAAAACUUGGCUGUCAAAUGUCUUGGCCCUUUAGUGAGUAAAGUGAAGGAGUAUCAAGUGGAGACCAUUGUGGAUACACUCUGUACUAACAUGCUUUCGGAUAAAGAGCAGCUACGUGAUAUUUCAAGCAUUGGCCUUAAAACAGUCAUUGGAGAACUUCCUCCAGCUUCCAGUGGAUCUGCAUUAGCGGCUAAUGUUUGUAAAAAGAUCACAGGGCGUCUUACAAGUGCUAUAGCCAAGCAGGAAGAUGUGUCUGUCCAAUUAGAGGCCUUGGAUAUCAUGGCUGAUAUGCUGAGCAGGCAAGGAGGACUGCUUGUUAACUUCCAUCCUUCAAUUCUGACCUGUCUGCUCCCCCAGCUGACUAGUCCCAGGCUUGCUGUGAGGAAAAGAACCAUCAUUGCUCUUGGUCACCUGGUUAUGAGUUGUGGCAAUAUAGUUUUUGUUGACCUCAUUGAACAUCUGUUGACAGAGCUGUCUAAAAAUGAUUCCAUGUCAACAACUAGGACUUAUAUACAGUGUAUUGCUGCUAUCAGUAGGCAAGCAGGUCAUAGAAUAGGUGAAUAUCUUGAGAAAAUAAUCCCUUUAGUGGUAAAAUUUUGUAAUGUAGAUGAUGAUGAACUAAGAGAAUAUUGCAUUCAAGCUUUUGAAUCUUUUGUUAGGAGAUGUCCUAAGGAAGUUUAUCCUCAUGUGUCUACCAUUAUAAACAUUUGUCUUAAAUACCUUACCUAUGAUCCUAAUUACAAUUAUGAUGAUGAAGAUGAAGAUGAAAAUGCCAUGGAUGCUGAUGGUGGUGAUGAUGAUGAUCAAGGGAGUGAUGAUGAAUAUAGUGAUGAUGACGAUAUGAGCUGGAAAGUGAGACGUGCAGCAGCUAAAUGUUUAGAUGCUGUGGUUAGCACACGACAUGAAAUGCUUCCAGAAUUCUACAAGACUGUAUCUCCUGCUUUAAUAGCCAGAUUCAAAGAGCGUGAGGAGAAUGUAAAAGCAGAUGUUUUCCAUGCGUAUCUUUCUCUUUUAAAACAAACUCGACCUGUGCAGAGUUGGCUGUGUGAUCCUGACGCAAUGGAACAAGGAGAGACACCUUUGACAAUGCUUCAGAGUCAGGUUCCCAACAUAGUUAAAGCCUUGCACAAACAGAUGAAGGAGAAGAGUGUGAAGACUCGUCAAUGUUGUUUUAACAUGCUAACUGAGCUGGUAAAUGUUUUACCUGGAGCCCUAACACAACACAUUCCUGUACUUGUGCCAGGGAUAAUUUUUUCACUGAAUGACAAAUCAAGUUCCUCUAAUUUGAAGAUUGAUGCUUUGUCUUGUCUGUAUGUGAUCCUGUGUAACCAUUCUCCCCAAGUCUUCCAUCCUCAUGUUCAAGCACUGGUGCCUCCAGUUGUAGCUUGUGUUGGAGACCCUUUUUACAAGAUAACAUCAGAGGCACUUCUGGUUACACAGCAGCUUGUGAAGGUCAUUCGUCCUUUAGACCAGCCUUCUUCCUUUGAUGCCACACCUUACAUCAAAGAUUUGUUUACUUGCACCAUCAAGAGACUGAAGGCUGCUGACAUUGAUCAGGAAGUAAAAGAGAGGGCAAUCUCCUGUAUGGGCCAGAUCAUCUGCAGCCUUGGUGAUAAUCUGGGCACUGACCUGCCUACUACGCUUCAGAUCUUCCUAGAGAGACUAAAGAAUGAGAUUACUCGUUUAACUACAGUGAAGGCUUUGACGCUGAUUGCUGGCUCUCCUUUGAAGAUAGAUCUGAGACCAAUCCUUGGGGAAGGAGUUCCUAUCCUUGCCUCUUUCCUCAGAAAGAACCAGCGAGCUUUGAAACUAGGCACGCUUUCCGCUCUAGAUAUCUUAAUUAAAAAUUACAGUGACAGCUUGACAGCUGCCAUGAUUGAUGCUGUCCUGGAUGAGCUUCCACCUCUUAUCAGUGAAAGUGAUAUGCACGUUUCACAGAUAGCCAUCAGUUUUCUGACUACACUGGCUAAAGUGUAUCCUUCCUCCCUCUCAAAGAUCAGUGGGUCUAUUCUUAAUGAACUUAUUGGCCUGGUGAGAUCACCAUUAUUGCAGGGUGGAGCACUUAGUGCUAUGCUAGAAUUUUUCCAAGCUUUGGUUGUGACUGGAACAAAUAACUUAGGAUAUAUGGAUUUAUUACGCAUGUUAACAGGUCCAGUGUACUCGCAGAGCACUGCACUUACUCACAAGCAGUCUUAUUAUUCCAUUGCCAAAUGUGUAGCUGCUCUUACACGUGCUUGCCCUAAAGAGGGACCAGCUGUAGUAGGUCAGUUCAUUCAAGAUGUCAAGAAUUCAAGGUCCACAGAUUCCAUUCGUCUUUUAGCUUUGCUGUCUCUUGGGGAAGUUGGGCAUCAUAUUGAUCUAAGUGGACAAAUUGAGCUCAAGUCUGUAAUACUAGAAGCAUUCUCCUCUCCAAGUGAAGAAGUCAAAUCUGCAGCAUCUUAUGCCCUUGGCAGUAUUAGUGUUGGCAAUCUUCCUGAAUAUCUACCAUUUGUCUUACAAGAAAUAACCAGUCAACCUAAGAGGCAAUACCUACUUCUCCAUUCCUUGAAAGAAAUAAUUAGCUCUGCAUCAGUGGCAGGCCUCAAACCAUAUGUUGAGAACAUCUGGGCCUUACUGCUGAAACACUGUGAGUGUGCAGAAGAGGGUACCAGAAAUGUUGUUGCUGAAUGCUUGGGCAAGCUUACGUUAAUAGACCCAGAGACUCUGCUACCACGGCUCAAGGGAUAUUUGGCAUCAGGGUCAUCAUAUGCUCGAAGUUCAGUGGUUACGGCUGUGAAGUUCACGAUUUCCGAUCAUCCACAACCCAUAGAUCCACUAUUAAAGAACUGCAUAGGUGAUUUUCUAAAAACAUUGGAAGACCCAGAUCUCAAUGUAAGGAGAGUGGCCCUAGUGACGUUUAAUUCAGCAGCACACAAUAAACCAUCAUUAAUAAGAGACCUUUUAGAUACUGUGCUUCCUCAUCUUUACAAUGAAACAAAAGUCAGAAAGGAACUAAUAAGAGAGGUGGAAAUGGGACCAUUCAAGCAUACAGUUGAUGAUGGGUUGGACAUUAGAAAGGCAGCUUUUGAGUGCAUGUACACUCUUUUAGAUAGCUGUCUGGAUAGGCUAGACAUAUUUGAAUUCCUAAACCAUGUUGAAGAUGGUUUGAAGGAUCAUUAUGACAUUAAGAUGCUAACGUUUCUAAUGUUGGUGAGACUGUCUACUCUUUGUCCAAGUGCAGUACUGCAGAGAUUGGAUAGGCUUGUUGAACCCUUACGUGCCACAUGUACAACAAAGGUAAAGGCAAACUCAGUGAAACAGGAGUUUGAAAAACAAGAUGAACUGAAGCGGUCUGCCAUGAGGGCAGUAGCAGCCCUUCUAACCAUUCCAGAAGCAGAGAAGAGUCCGUUAAUGAGUGAAUUUCAAUCACAGAUAAGCUCUAAUCCUGAGCUGGCAGCCAUCUUUGAAAGUAUCCAGAAAGAUUCAUCAUCCACUAACUUAGAAUCAAUGGACACUAGUUAGAUGUUUGUUCAAAAUGGGGACCAUUACGUCGAACCAUAUGAUGCACUGAAUUGACAGGUUAAGAGUAAGAAACAGAAAAAUAUCUAAUCUUCACAUUGUUCCACUUUAUUUACCUUUAUGGAGACAGUUGGCUUUUCCCAUUGUUGCUUUUCUAGCAUUUAUUCCAGAAAUACGUAUUUCCGUGAUCCAGAAGUUGUAAACCACUCAUGUUUUAGUGGAUUUGGCCACAUUUGAAAUGGAAAUAAAAGGUUAAAACAUAUGGUGUAUGGAAAUAGGCUCCAACAUCCAUUUGCCCAGUAAUGUUUAGGAUUAAAAUGUUAAAAUUUUGUGACCAUGUUUUUUUUUCUUUUUUUAAGUUUCCUUCUUUCUGUAAAAACAAAACCACCAUGUUUUUGUAUAACUUUUAUUCUUUUGUGUUUCAGCUACAUAAAUUGAUUUGGCUGGCCGAUAAGAAAUUCUUCUGUGUAAGAUUUAUUAUAUUGCAGAGGGUUUGGGCACAGUUUAAAAAAUGCAGACAUAAGUAAUGUCAUUUUUAAAGGUGUGGGAAUUAGAAAAUUAAUAUCCCUGUUGUGCACACUAACUUUGCAUGAGCAAGUUUACAAAUAUAUAUUGUCUGUAAAACAGCAUGUGCAGUUUAUUCAUAAUACAUGUUAAAAUAAGUAAUACGGUAUCAGUGCAAUUUUCAGGUAUUUUAUUUUUACAUAGAAAAUGCAUUCAUAGAGGAAGGGAAGAGGGACAAAUUUUAAUCUGGUUUUCUAAGUGCAGGUGUGAACUACAGGUAUUUGUAUAGUGAAAGUAAUCUUGUCUAGUAAGCCAGUGUUUCCCCACACGGAGAAUGGAUUCCCCUGGAAGUGUGGGGGUAGACAAGCAAGGAGGUUGGGAUGGUUGGGUAGAGAAUAGUAGGUGGGAGAAAACUGCAUAACUCUGGACCCAGCGAACCCUCUAUUAUAAAUGUAUGCUGGAAGGUGGCUUCUUGAAAGGCCUGUGCCUUCCAUCCCUCAGCUCUUAAUAGUGCAAGUAACAUGCAGCAUUGCUGCCAGGAAACUUUUCUUUUCUAGUAGUGGUCAGAAGGAAUAACAUGUGUUCUGGCCACAUUGACCCAUCAAUGGACUCCCAUACCUCAAGCAUCUGGUGAGUGUGAACCAAAGGAGCAGUCACGAAAGAGACCAAACUGGAAAACUAGAUAGCAAAAGAUACCCAAGAAAAGUAGUAGUAAUAAAUGGACAAAGGCUGCAGCAACUGUGCCAGGGCCUAGUGAAAGGGGACACUGAGGUGGUGGGUGCUUGUCCAUCAAUUCAUUGGAAGUGGCUUCAUCAGAAAAAGGUUAGAAACCCAUUGCCUUAACCUGAUCAAUGUAAAAUUCCAAUCUCUUUUUCAGGUUUUUCUCUAGCUUAGUUUUGCUUGAUAACUUAGCCAUUUAGAAAUUCUUGAAGCCCAAUACUACCACCUUUUUCUGGCAUACGUUGAUUCUUACAGGACUACCUGUAGCAUGCUUUGUCUAAGAAUUCUGUGGAGCUUAGCAGGUUGUCAGGAUUUGUUAGCUAACAGAGGUGAAUUGUUUAAUUUUACUUACCCAUUUAUACCUUGGUGGUGUUUUGAUGCUGUUUACUUUAAAAGGGCCAGUACUGAGAGGAAAAGUUUACAUGAACUCAUACAGUAGUUACAAUUUCAAAUAAUGGGGCAGAAGCAUCAUUUGAUAUUGUAGCUUCUGAUCUGUCCUCAUAAUCUUCAUGCUUAUGUAACUGGAAGUUGACUUCUGGAAAUGGAGUUUAUCAGUUUAUCUCCUGAAACUACCAACAUAUUUAAAUGUAGUGGAAGGGGACUAAUCAAUGGUGAAAAGUAGUGAUGGCUGAUUUUAGUGAAUAAUUACAUAUUUAGACAAUGCACUUUUUUAUUAUUGGAACCACAAAUUGAGUAUUUCCUCUGCUGUACCUUAUCUGUUUUAACAACUGUACUAAUUAAGAAUGUAUUGUGGUGAUUAGUUAACAGCAAAAUACUAGGAUCUUACGUUGUCUAAUGUGCACUCACAAUGCAUGAGAAGGGUUUAUAGACUUAAACACAGGAAAGGACAAUCUGAAAAUUUUAAACUUAGGGACACUGAAAUAGUAAAUUUAGAUAUACGUGUAAUAAGACUUCUCCUUGGAGAAUUUGGUAUGCUACAUAUUAGUAUUACAAAGUAUCUAAUGCUGUGGAUACUCAAACUUGGUUUUCUUGUUCCACAGUAAGUUGCAAUACAGCAAGCUCCAGGACUGAGCAGGAGCUUGAGAUCCUAUUUGGUUGACAUUUCUCUGUAAAAUGCAGAGUUUCAAGGCCAACCACUGCAAGACGUGAAAGAAAGCGUAGCACAUUAAGUGGAACAAACAAUAUAUAAGCUACUUUUUCCACUUUGACCAUUGAAGUUGCAGGUAGGGGAGGAAGAAGGAACUGAAUUUUCUUAUGCAGAAGAAAACUUUCAUAGGACAAAAUUACAGAAAUUAAACUAGAGUAGGAUUCCUGAUCAGUAAUUACAAAGAAACUCACUGUCUUACAUCAAAGCAGAAAGUCACUAGAUCAGAUUUAAACAUGUAUUUAGGUGCCUAAAGAUAUAAACUGGUACCUAAUGGGGCUUACAAAAGUGCCUGUCUUGCCCCUCGAUGCCCUCCCAUCCUUCUUUCCUAGCAUAGUUUGUGAUGCAAACAGUGCGAUUUAUCAUAUGAAAGGAUGGUGUGGAAGUUUUUCAAACUUUAAGGUAAGUAUUUGACAAUAUGUAUAUUAAACCACUGUUAAAAAAAUUAAGUAACUUACAACUCUGAAAGCUUAUGCUCAGUUUCUAUUCUGAUUGACAUUUUCUCCCUCAAAUUCGUCAGACUUAUUUUCUGCUAUGGAAGUAUCAGUAAAAUGGCAAUUGUUGCUGCAGCACCAGCACUGUUCAGUUUGAAUGAAUUGAAACAGUGGCGAGUGUUUUAUAAAAGUUUUUGAAAAAAUCUUCAUCCUUAGGCUUUGUCUACACUGGCACUUUCAUUGCUAAAACUUUUGUCACUCAGGUGUGUGAAAAAACGCCCCCUGAAUGACAAAUUUUUAAUGAUGAAAAGCGCUGGUGUGGACCUACUGCCUCUCGUUGGAAGUGGUUUUAUUUUGUAGCCGGGAGAGCGCUCUUCUGGCAAUAAAGAGUGGCCACACAGUGCACUUUACAACGGCAUGGCUGCAGCGACACAGCCGCACUGUUGUAAGGUGUGCAGUGUAGACGUAGCCUUAGUUAGCUUUCUGGUUUGUUUAAACAUAAGUUGCUAAAAACAGCUGAAUUGGUGAUUGUAUUUUCCAUUGAAUGUCUUAGCAUUAGGCUAUUAUGAAUUUGCCUGUGGUAGGAGAAUUGGAAAUAGAAACUUAAUGAAAGCUUUGGGAGAGCAUUCUCAUACAGUAUUUUUAUAGUUUUUUCCAUUGUUUGAGAUAUUAUCUGCUUACAGAUUUUUCCCUAUCAAUUUCCUCCUUUCAGUGAGCAAACUGACUUUUCAGUUUUUGAAUGUAACUGAAACUAACAGCUGUUCGUAGUUACUUUACCAGUGCACAAGGACAGCACAGCUCUAAGAACACCGUUCAUUAGUUGACUGCUGCAAAGCCUGCACCAGGAACAUUGGGAUGCAAAGUGUUUUUUGAGAAACCGUUUAAGGCAUGGUUCUCUAAAAAGUGACUAUUAAAAUGGCAUCUUCCUAUUCAACAGAUUUGCUCCUUGACUGUAUUGUCACUUUUUUGCUUCAGCAAUAGGUUUUUGAUGCCUUUUGCUCCUAUCAUCACUGUAGCGCCAGUGUGUUUUAAGAAACUGAGCUGGAUACUUCUAAUUUUGCAUCAACAUUUACGAAAUUCCAUGUCAAACCUGUACAGACUCAUGGAAGAUAGUGGGAUCUCACAAGUAUAACUGUGAGGAUCUUAUGUGACCUGCAGAACUUCUAUUACUGGUGAUAUGAGAAGAAAAGAACCCUGUUUCACUGUUAGAAUCCAGGUUGGUUUGCAGGACUGGAAGUAUAGAAGAAACACAUUUUAAUUUCUAAACUGAAUGCUUGUUAUGAAGAAGCCUGAAUUAAGAAACUUGAAACUACAGUGCCCUUUUUAGUUACUUUCAAGAAUAGAAUCUUCUAUUGAAUAACGUUUACUAACCAAUUUAAAAUAUUUUGUUAAAGUGGGUUUUCCUCUCCCACGUCACCAUUAAUAAAAGUUCGACAGACCAAAUAAGGUCCUUAGUUACACUUGUACAGUCUUAUCCAUGAAUUUGCACAUAUGCAAUUGACUGGAAUUUACUAAAGUAAUAUACAAGAGUAAUAGGAGUUGUGAAGAGGUCUGCCACUAGUAAAAAUUUGUGCUUAAACUGCUUUUUGUCUGUCUUCAAAAUGAGAUCCUCUCAAAUGGGAAGGGUGUUCAGUGACCUCUAGUCUCAUGUAGAAAUAAACUGUUACAUCUGACAUGAGGUCCUUUUUUGCAAUCCAAUCUGAAACUUAUGAGUAUCUUGGGGUGCCACAUUUUAGCUUUCCUCCUCAAAAAGGUUGAACAAGGAAUAACAUCCAAUAUACAAGAGUUGACAAAAUCAAAAUAAUUAAACUCAGCAACAGCAGUAGAGAAACUGCUGAAACUAUUAGGGUUCUAGAUACUGAGAUUUCUAUCAAGCCAAGACGCUGAGUCCUGGGUGCUAAGUACUUUGUCUUUCAGUCCCAGGUGCAGCAGCCCUCACUUUUUCUGUUAUGACCUGAAAAGGCCCUCUACCACUUAAAAAUCCUUUCAGGGUACUUGCCUUACCCUGUCUCAGGGACAAAUAAGUACUUCCUGUUUAAACAGGGCUCUCCUCAUGUCUGGAACCUGUAAGCUGCUCUUCUCUGUUUUUGACUAGCUCAAAACACCUUAGAGCUUUAUUCUCAUUUAAUCAAAGGCCUUCUGAUGGUGCUUUGGCAGUGAAGUGAGUAUAAAUGUAAUUCAUACUCUUACACUAUUGGAACAGUGUAAAGGAGCUACAGAACAAAUGAUAAUCAGGUCCCUAAAUAUCUUGUGUUGUUAAAGGUGGCAGUUUAUAGCGUCUGGCUUGGAGCAGCUCUUUGUAAGUAAGAGUUAUUAAAAACAUAACUUUCCAUUACUCCUGACCUAGUUUCCUGUAUGAGUCAGACAGGAAUGUCUGACUGAGAUCAUGCCCACUCGCUACACAACAGAUUCAGGCUGAAUCCUUGCCUCUUCUUUUAAAAUGGCUUUAUCUCCCGUGACUACCUUCAGAAUAAAAUAGAUUCCAGACAAUAAAAAUGGGUCUGUUUUGAGUCUCUCUGUUGUGGGUUCAAAUCAAAUUCAGUCUAAACUGUACUGCUUUGAGUUGGUCUCUUUGGAACAGGAUUGCUGAUAACACUAUAAAAGCCCUCCAUUAAAUCAUACUGUCUUUCUCUAGUCCUUCAAGUUCAUGAGCUUGGCCUAUCUGCUAAUACAUAAUCUGCAAUUUAUUCAUUGUACCUAACCUGUGUGAUGAUGCAAAGUAGUAAGACUAUAAUGGUAAAUACUACAUGCUAAGGUUCGACGUGUCAGCUUUCCAUGUUGCUAGUUUAUGUAAACACAAGGAAAAACUGAGCUGUAGAAAGCUGGUUCAGUCAGUGUUUGUAUUAGGGAAUAUUACCUCUUUCAAAUGAGAUGUAAGACAUCUUCUGUAACAGCUCAAAAUGAGAAGGUGAUACAUACAACUGUGAUGAGUGUAUUAAAACAAACUGGAAAAAAAAUAAGCAGAAAGCAAGUUAAACUUUUUUAAUCUCAAACUGGCCAAGAAUAUGGUCUCUGAUCCAUCUUCCCAGUGGGAAUGAUCUUCUAGUCUACAGUUGUCAUUUGCAUUCUGAUCCAGAUUAUUUAAAUUUGACAUCUUGAGUAUUGCAUGACGGGUCCUAACCAAGAUGGUAUACUACUGCAGAGCAGAAAUGCUUCUGACUUUCUACAGACUUCAGUGUUUUUCGUCUCAGCAGGAAUGUGGGCAUCCAAGUCCUCCUACUGAUCUUAGCUCCACUUAAAUUUCUUUUAUGGAAAAUUUAGACCUGUACCUAAGACCUCUUACCAUUUCUCACAUUUCAUGAUUGAGCAAUGUCAUAAACGCAAGCUCAUCUAAGUCUCUAGUGAAUCAUCCAAUGUUAUCAAAGUUCCAUAUGACAGCGUUUCUGCAGCACAGCCCGCCUUAUUCGUCACAAAUGGGUAAUGCAUCUAACCUGUGGAAUUUAGAGUUCGUCCAAUGUUGCUGGAGGUUCCAGGACUAAAGCCUGCUCUUCAACUAGGGCCUAAAGAAUUUCUAUCUCUGAGUGCAAAAAAAAGUUAUUGGUUCAGUUGCUUCUGACCACUUUGUUCUAUAACUUUAUUUUUUAUUCAUUUUUGGUGCAGUAGUUAGUUCAUUUUAACUUCUAGCUCCAGUCUCCCUUUCUAGAGCUGAGGAAUUACCAGAGCAGCAUUUUUCUAGUAGAGUCCCUCAAGCUCCCCCGCAGCAGAGAAACAUUGCAAGUAUCAAAUCAUCAUCCAAAGUUGUGGGGGAAUGCAUGCGUGUGUUUAUAGGCAGCUUUCCAGGUGCUUCAGAGAGUGAGAUAUGCACUGUUACUACAAGCUCACUCUUGCUCUGCCAGGGCACACAGCUUUGAGACAGACUGGCCUGCCAGGGCCUUGGCCCCAACCCAAAGUCACAAUUCCUGGUAGGCCCUUCCUAUGGUGAGCAUGAGAAUUCCCAAGGAGAGGAGACACUCAUCAGCAGGCUAUUAGGGAAAAUCUUGCAUCUUGUGCAAACAAGAACUGCAAAGUAGUUUUCCAUUCAUCUGCAGGGGCAUGCGUUGGUAAAAAGGUGUUGCUGGGUUGGUUCCCUAAUAAUAAUUUCUUAAAUUACAAAAUUUAUGCUUCAUAUGGGGGGGAACUUCUAUUUCUGCCUACUGUACUCAUUGAAAUUGUGCUCUCCCUCCCCCUGCCCCCCCCCCGCUCGCACUUCUGUGAAUCACUUGUUGCUACUUUUCAUUUAAAUUAAGCAUCUGUGCCGGGGGGGGGCGCGGGGGCAGGGUGUUCAUUUUUUUACCUGAUUUUUUUCUGCUGACAGCUUCCUUCCUUAUUCAAUCAACACUGCUACUCUGGUAAAUGACUGGAAUGCAAAUUGGAACUUUUUUCUAGAGGGGAAACAAACCUAUGCCUGAUCUAAGAUUAGUCUGGGUAAUUUCAAGUUUGGCUUAAUACUGAUAAUUGGUUUCUGCAGCUGUGGAAGAACUUUUGGUGGCCUGAGUUGAUGCACAGGGCUUAGUCCUGGAGUCUCCAGAAACAACAUUAGACUGUCUAUGAAUUCUACAGGUGAGAGGUGUUACAGUUUUGGGGUUAGCUGUGCCUUUGUCCCUGCCAUAAUCUGCUCAAUGUCAAAGUCUCAGGCCUCUAGCUGCCCCUCUGCUUCCAAACCAGGGAUUUAGUUUUGCAGUUCCCCUGCAAUUCACUGAGCUUAUUCUAGUAGGUCUAACUUUAGGAGAGAACCUGCUGUUCUGCUCUCUCCCCGGGGCUGUGACAGUGGUUACCAGUGACCAGUAAGCUUUCACAAACCAUUGUACAUUUAUUUUAGGAGAAAAGCAGAAAGAGAAAACAAAAAGCAAUAACCAGUCUACAGCCAUGCUAAACUUACCUGUUGUAACCAGUGGAGGUCUUGGCUGGUUUCCAGUCCUUCACACUCUUCCCAGCAGGGUUUUGCCCUCUUGGUUAAAGGUUCAAAUCAGUUCUUUGCUCAAAAAAAUGGGGUCUCAGCCGAUUUGGGCUGACACUUGUUAUAUCAAAAGCUUUUUCUUUGUCUGCUAGGGCUCUUGUCCCCUAUCUGAACCAGUAUAUGCAAUUCCCAGGAGGGGGAGUGGUAGCUCCCUGGAGGUAUUUACCUGUUUUUGGAUCUGUCAUAAUUACCUUCCACUAAUUUUAGUUCCCAGAGGAAAUUCAGUAAUCCCCCACAGUAAUCCCUAGCUCACAAAGAUACACAUCACAUUAGUAGAUACAAAAGUUUAUAAGCCUAUCACAUCUGGCCCAACUCAACAUUAGUCUUUUGACACUUCUCACAGCAGUCACAAGAGGCAUUACUCAUUUCUGAUGAAUGAGGAGAGAAGCUGCCAACAGAAAAUUAUCAGAUAAGGCAUUUUUUGAUCUUUUCAAAACAAUUAUGCCUACAUUCCGUACCCAGGACCUGCCUGCAGUACUAUAAAUUCUCAUAACCCAUCCACUUGAACCAAUGGUAUAUAAUUCCCUGUACUUCCUUUUAAUAAAGACAUACUUUCUGUUCAUAAUUGAAUUGAAAUCUCUCUUGUACAAGCCUUUACUGAACUUUCUUUCAGUAUCUCACUGGAGAACAUUUUUUCUUCAUUUUCCGCCAACCUAAACAUCAAUAAGAAAUUGUGUCCCUGAAGAGCAGACAUAUCAUUAGGGGACAUAUGAUAUCAUAAUCAUAUCAUUGACAAAACCGCGGAGGCAUACGCACAACAAUCCUCCUCCAGCCAAUUUAACUCUCCUGCUACACUGACCUAAUAAAACCACCUUGAUGAGCGGCAUAGAGCUUUCUAUGACAAAGUUAGAGUGAUGCAGUGUCAGUGUAGACACUGCGCUUGCUUAUGUCACCCUAAGUGGCCUCCAGGAGGUGUCACACAAUGCCCAUCAUGACUGAUCUGGUCAGCCAUUUCAGCCUGCUGCUUUGAAGCCAGGUAUAUAGGCAUGCACCCCUUUCCCUUUAAAGCCACUGGAAUUUUUGAAAUUCCACUUUCUGUUUGCUCAGUGUGGAGAAUUCACAUUGUAUCUUCCCUGUUGAGUCUGUGGGAAGAGGAGGCUGUGCAGUCGCAGUUCCGAUCCAGCCAUAUGAACUUUGAUACCGAUGAGCAGAUUGCUCAUGGCAUGGAGGAGAAGGGGCAUGAAAGGACAUGCAGCAGUGCUGUGCUAAGAUCAAGGCAUUAAGCCAGGCAUACCAGAAGGCAAGGGAGGCCAACUGUCACUCUGGUGUGCUGAAAAUAUGCUGCUUCUGCAAGGAGCUGCACACCUUCCAUGAUGGCAACACCACCUCCACUGCCAAGAGUUCCAUGGAUGCUUUGGGGGGGAUUGGAGGCAGCAGCCAGCGGAGUCUUAACCCUGAGAAGGAAGUGGUGGACAAGGAGGUCUCGGUGGUGGCGGAUGUGGGAUAGGCGACAGGGUUCUCUAGUGGCGUGUCAAGCCAGGACUCUUUGACUCUGGAGGGGGCUAUAGCCAGUCCCAGCAGUCUGGCUCUCGCAUGCCUGAAGCAGGAGUGGGGAGCUCCAGUAAGUACUCAUUUUGCUUUGAUACUGCAUAGUUACAUGAAGUAGAGGUGUCCUUUAUUUUGUUACAUGGUGCACAUGAGGUACUGUUUGUAUCUGCUUCUCAUUUCCCCUAUGCAGCUAUGCAGCGGGAACCCUGUGGAAAAGUUUGUUAAUGCACACUGGGAUCUCCCAGGAAUUCUCCAUAGAGAUCUCUAGGAAACUUUCUUGCGGAUACUCUGCAAUCCUCUUCCAAAGGUUCCUUGGCAGAGCUGCUUUGUUUCUUUCCCUGUUGUAGGAAACUUUGCUGCAUCGAUUGGCAAUUGCUUCUGGAGGAACCAAAGCAGCACUCAGGAGAGCAGUCUGAAGCCUCAAGCAUGCAGGAGAUGCACCCUUGCAUCAUUGGUUACUCUCAGUAGUGAGAUAUCAGCUUCGAACACCCCCUCCCUCUUGAAAAUGGUGUCAGUAUUCAGGAUCCUUAUCGUGAUCCCCUUUUGAAACCACUCAGAUUCUUUAUCCCACUUGCACCUUCCUCCACAGUCUUAACUCACCAUAUUUAUUGUGCUUGCCAAGGGAAAAUGAGAAAGUUGUCUAUAUGGCUUUUAUGAUUCAAGACUGUGAGUGCACUCACAAUACUGAUUCUGUAUAUUGUUUCUUUUGUUUCUGCAGAUGUGUCCUUGAGGGCCAGCUCCUACACAAUGGCAGACCAUCUCCAUCAGAAAAGGAGGUGGAGUAAGGAGGACAUGUUUUGAGCAGUGCCUCAAUCAUCUAUUUAUGCAGAUGGUGAGCACAGAGCAUGGAGAGAAACAAUAAACUCAGAAUGGAUAGCCAGGAGAAGAGACGGGUGCAGGCGUGGAUAAUAGAGGAGCAGGAGCGAAGAUAAAGUUCAUGGCGGACUAAUGAGAGCUGCUCAGUUUCCUGAUUGUGCUGCAGGUGGAACAUAUGUGCACAGGGACAGAUUCUGUGGAUGC